UACAUAUAUGUUUUUCACAUUUAUUUUUUAAUCUACCGCUUGGGGGGCAUACAUUUUAGAGUUGGCAGCCCGCUUGGUAACAAAUCUGCGAACCGCAGCCAGCGCAGAACGCAUCCAAUAAGUUCAUUGCCAAACGGGCCGAGUCCCUAUAUGCACAUCCACACAUGCCCAUCGGCUGGCGCGACCGAGUCACCGAGAAAACUGAGCCCGAGUGCAACGAGAAUGCGGGUCCGAGUGGCUCCGACUUCGGACUUGGGAAGGCACUCGCGUGGCAACAAUCGUCCAGGGCGCACGGCAAACACGCAGAGCUGCCGGAGGAGAUAGGCCGCUGCUUCUUGGGGGCCACAUUCGUACCCCGAUCCAAAUCCAGACCCGCUGAUCCAUCCGCCUCAUAAAUACACACAUAAUUUCUGCCGCUUUGAUUGGGGCACGCAGUAAGUUGAUUGCAAUUGCAAUUGCCAUAGCCUUUGACUUGCUGCACGUUCGCUCUUCGCUGCUCGCUAUUUGCAACAACGCACAUGGUGGAGGAGAUUGGCUGCCAGAGACAGACGGGCAUUGUGGUCGCCAUGCCCAGCCAGGUGGCAUCCAACACCGGAACUCCAGCCCCAUCCGCCGGCGGCAUUCACCAGCAGCAUCAGCAGCAGCAACACCAGCAGCACCAGCAGCAGCAACACCAGCAGCAGCAGCACCAGCAACACCAGCAGCAACAGCAGCAGCAACACCAACAUCAGCAGCAGCAACAGCAACACCUUCAGCAGCAGCAACACCACCAGCUGCAGCAGCAACAGCAGCAGCAGCAGCAUCAACAACUCGCCAGCAACAUGAGCCUGCUGACCGUCAAAGGCGGCCGUUACCUUUGGACCGACCGGGAGCUGUUGAUGCACCUCCAGAACUACACUCCCCUGAUCCUUCUCAUCGAUUUCGUGGAGAAGACCCGAACCAAGCGCUUCUAUGAGAGCUCCGAGCGCUAUGAGAUACUCAUGCUGGUCUUCAUCAUGCGCAAGGGAGCGCCGUUUUGUGAGAACAAGCGCUUUCCAGCGGAGUACUGGGUUAAUCUAUCGGUGGGACCAAUUGCCGAGGCGUUUGACCGUCUGCAGGCGGCCAUCGAUAUACCGGAUCCCCAGCUGCCGAUCCACAUGAGCGUUACAGAUUUGACCAGCUGGAAGCAAAUGUUCGACCUGGCCAUGCUGGAUAUACGGCGUUUUGCGUACUACACCGAUCCCUUGCAGCUGGCCGAUGCGGGCGUCUUUAACCGGAUCACCUUUGAGCAGCGAUUCGGAAUGCAGUGGCAGGAGUAAUGGGAAUUGAUGCACGUUACUGGAUAUAUAUUCACGGGAAACAGCAUGUAAGCACACCAUCAGCACCAACACACUUUCCCAAAUUGGGAUGGAUCGUGGGGAAGGCUACUGCAUAAAUCCGAACGAAAGCAUUUAGUUAAGUAUUAAUAGGACGCACUAGAGCGCAACCGAUCCAUCCAAUCCCACAUAGACAGAGUUAUUUGUUGCGUUAAUGUCCCUGCAUAGCGAAAUCUACUGUGCCUUCUCCAAAAACUCCAGAUCCUUCUGCAUUCCUUUCCCUCCAAUCCGUCAACUUCAUCUCUCCUCCGACUCCUCAAAUGUAUCUGUAAUACAAGCGACGUGUAGGACCCAAAAUGCUUUAAUGGAAAUAAACGUUAGUUACUGUUCAAACGC